AUGCGUGGAGUUUUUUUCACCAGCAUGGGUGAAUCAAAUUUUCCCCUGCAAGUAGUUCCUCUUCACAAGGGGUCUCCCCAUCAGCUGUGAUGGCUAUAAAGACCGACACUCUCUGCUGUGGACCACAAGGCAGCGAGUUCACCUUGAGUGGUCAUCUCACUACUGAAGAACAAGGCAUUUAUUCAGUGAUUUCUAUCAUCUGAUCAGCUGAGAGACAUGGCAGCCCUCCGUUUGCUCCUCCUGUCCGCUGUGGUGGUGCUGCUGAGCGCCGUCACUUUCAGUGAAGGUAUGCGUUACGGAUCUGCGCCUAAGAGCUGCUGCUUCGAUUACACCCAGAAAUCUGUCAAGCUGAGCAUGGUGAGAUCCUACAGCUUCACCAGCCAGCAGUGCUCCAAACAGGCCGUGCUGUUCACAUUGAAGAAGGGACGUCAGGUGUGCGCCAGGCCCACUGACCCAUGGGUGAAGGAUCACAUCAAGGCCCUGAGCAGCAAGAACAUCGGAGGCCAGGAGCCGCUGUAAGGGGGUACCCUGUGACCUUCCUCCUCCUCUUCAUUGUCGUAGAGGCACAGGUUAAGUGAGGAGUUUACAGAGCUGUUCCAGCAGCUGAGUCUGCAAAUGGAAAAGCCACUAACCAUUCAGUAUGUUAAAGCUAUCUAUCUAAUAGACACUGCAGUAUUCCGCACAUGAAUGUCUGAUUAUGAAUGUUUUCCCUUUUUCGUUUUUUCAGUUUUAUUUCAUGCUGUUAUUUACUGUGUUUGUGUUUAAAAAACACACCUGAAAGAAAUGUUCGUUCUUAUGAUGAUAUACUGAGGAAAACGAAGUGAUUUAUGAAGGAGAGCUAAACUUUUGUGUAAUCAGCAUUCAUACAAUAUACACACAAACAAAUUAAGCUUGCAUAAUGUUAGAAAUAGAUAAAAAAAAAAUACAAUUUCUUCAAUAAAAUGGCAAGGAACUCUUGAUUUGCAGUUGUACUGCAGAACAAACAAUAAAUCGUGCUUGUCAAAGGUUAAAUUGUGUAUCAUGCAAUUAAGUAAACCAAACCAAUUUAACAAACACUGACAUAAGUAAUAAUCAGUUACUGUUAAAGCUUUCAGGCUAGUUAUGCUGAGAAUAUCACGUGUGCUUAUUUAAACUUGUUGUAAACAGAAAAAAGUACCAGCGUGUCAGUCAGACGCUCGGAAACUGAACUUGAAAAAAGGAAGUCGCCUAAAAAAGGACGAAGUAAAACGUGUUAUGCAUAUCCACAUAUGGUCCUUUGAAAGAGGACUUUAAUCCCACUGAAUAUGAAAUCUGACUUUCUCUUGCCCAGUACUUAGUGCUGUGGUUAUGGUUUUUAAUGAUGUUGUACUGUUUUUUCUUUUACUUUGAUAUUUUAUUUUGUGCCUGUUUUUUGUUUUACUUUACAUUAGAGUCACUAUUAUUCAUGUUAAUGUUUACUCUGUUUACAUUAAACAUUUUUGAGAUUUUGGAACCAAAAUGCAAUGUGUCAAACAAAUAAAGUUCAAUAGGGGUCCAAGCACCAAA